AUGGAGCAGUACAUACCCCACAGUGCGGUGUUCAAACUAUACACAUAUCGAGGCAUGAUUAUCCACACAGACUUUCGUGCUCCACUUCGUCUCCCAGAAGCCUUUCAUCCAGGAGGAUUGUACGAAGCAUACGGAGCUUGUGACACUUCGGAGGCUAGUUACCGGAAGAUAAAUUCACAAACGUGUCUGGAGAUCCAGACCAGCAUCGCAUAUGCUCCGACUCCCGUGGAAUGGCGCCUGGUCCAGAGCGUUGCCCAGCUGAUUUACACCUCGCUGGGAUUGUCCAUACUGGGGAUUGAUGCUCUUUUCGUUUUAAUUUCAUACAAUCGAUUUCACUUUAUUUUGACCUGA